AAAAUAACUUUUUGUGCGAUUAAAAAUGCAUACCUAAGUAAGUCCAAGCUAAUACAAAUUGGAUGACAUAUUCUAAUUGGUCGCUGCUUGCGAAGGCCAUGACUGUAAACGAUACGGUCGUAGCGGUUGCAAAGAAAAGUAUUAAACAUGUGAAAUCAGAUAUGCACGGUCAUAAUGCAGCGUUUGACAUUUGCUUUUGCUAACCAGCCAAUUUAGCAAAUAUGUUUUGAAUUUACCUUCAUAUUUUUCUCUUUAAUCCUCAUUCUUCACACUUUUCACCGCCUGCUGUUAAUAUGCGCAGAUACUGCGCAAUUAAGCAGUAUUUAAAUGCACUGUAUCAUGACUGUCGGGUUGAGUACAUGCGCAAAAUCUGCGCAUGUUUACACGAACUUUCCCUUCAAAAUGCACAUCAUUUAUGAAGCAUAAGUUGCGUUAUGCUAAUUAUAUAUCGUUUAAAGAGAUGUUGAAAGUGUUUGGUUUGGGAGCCGUAGCCCUCGUGCUGGGUGUGGAGUGGUUUGACUGGCUGAUGCGACGUCUGAGGGUGCGCGGGCCCCUGAAAGAAGUCCUGUUCUUCCCUUCAACCCAAACCUGCCUUGAGCACCUGUUCACACCCAAUAGAAGCUUCCCCUGCAAAUGUCCCCUCCCCCAUGGCAAGGAGACAUCUUUCUCCAGGCUUCUCAGGCAUCUCCUCUCUGCACAUGCAUCACUGGACCUAUGUGUAUUUUCCUUCUCACACAUGGAGCUGUGCAGAAUGAUUCUUCUCCUGCACGAACGCGGAAUUACUGUACGAGUGGUUACCGACAGAGACUACAUGACCAUCACUGGAUCUCAGAUCGGCAACCUCCGCAGGGCAGGUAUCUGUGUGAGGCAUGAGAUGAGCACCGCCGUUCAUAUGCAUCACAAAUUUGCCAUAGUUGAUGGCAAGAAGCUGAUCACCGGUUCCCUCAACUGGACAGUAACAGCAGUCCAGAGCAACAAAGAGAACAUCAUUGUAACAGAGGAACCCGAGCUUGUGCGGCCCUAUCGGCUGGAGUUUCAGAAGCUGUGGGAGGCCAAUGAUCCUGCCAAGCACACGCAUCAGGUCACAAACGGUUGGUAAAUUAAACAGAGUCGUAUGAAUAAAAGUAUAACUUACUAGAGAGACAGCUAGUUUUGCUUAAGUUUACAAGACAGUUCUGCUCAGUUUUAUGUUGUUGAAUCGCUUAAAUUUUGAAAAGUAGUUUUGUUUUAUAUGGUUUGUAAUCCUUCUCUAAGAUAUCUUGUUUUUAUUUUAACAGUAAUAUUUUGUUGAUUUGAGCGUUUUCCAUUUGUACCAUAAUCUUAGCUAAUAUAUUUGUUGAUGUUUAACCAUAAACUUUAAAAUACACUAGCAUAUUUCUGUAAGCUUUAAGUGACCUGUUUGUGUAUUCUAUAGCAGUGCCUUUGAUUGCUCAAUUCCUUAUGGUGCUCUCUCCCCGUUUUCCUUUUUUUGUGACUCAGAGAUUUUACAUAAGCUUGUUUCUGAACCAAAGAAUUAAAGAAAACUACUGAGAUAUAACUUUGUCUCAUAUGAUGUUUUGAAUUAAUAUAUUUCAUUAAAUGGAAUGAAUGUACAGCUCCCUAUGAUGUUUUUUAUAAAAUAAUGUACUAGGUGAAUUUUCUCAUAAUAGAGGUAGGCCAGCAGCCCACUGUCUAAAUGGUUGACAAUUAUAAGGAUUAUCACGACCACAGUUGCUUUCAAAUUGUUUGUUAGUUUGU